GUCAAAGAAUUUUAUUUUUACACGAAUAAAUUAUGUUUUUGAAGAUAAAAUAGUCACUUUACUUAUUGUGUUAUUGCUGUUGGAUAGGGUGGAUAGGCUACUUGAGUAGCUUCUAACUUGUUAUUAAGACUAAGACUAACAUGCGUUUCCGUGGUCGCCGUCGUUUUCUGUUAAAAUUCCUACUUUGUAUCGCUCUCAUCUAUAUUUCAUUGGCUAUAGUUACUCAACACGUAAGCGUAACAUUAGUCGUUCGUGAUGUGAUGUACUUAACAAGACCGAUCUGGGACAGUCCAGGAAGGCAAUCAGAAAAUAUUAUUCCACAUUUUCACUCCGACUCUGUUCCAUAUUCUGAACUUUGUCAACUUCACGGUUGGAAAGAGCGUGAGGUAAACGGAGCAGAUAGCAGUGCACCGAGAGUGAUUGACGCUGUGAUAUUUAGCAUAGAGUUAGACAUUCUCGAAAUUAGACUAAGGGAGUUGUGGGAUGUAGUGGACAUAUUCUUGGUGUUGGAAACUGAUCGAACAUUUACGGGAGCGCGGAAACCUUUGUUUCUUGAUGAAAACAUUCAGAGAUUCAAAUUUGCUGAAGAAAAAUUACAUCACAUCGUUAUACGGAAUUCGUUGAAAGGAAAUCCACAAAAUAGUUUCGAUAAUGAAGUAAUGAUGAGGCAGGAAAUGACACGUGCAAUCGGGUCACUCAUGCCCAAGAAUGGCGAUUUGAUUAUAGUCAGCGAUGUUGAUGAGAUUCCAUUCAAAGAGACGGUCAAGCUGCUCAAAAACUGCGAGGGAUACUCUAGUGAACUUCAUUUGCAAAUGAGAAACUACGUCUAUUCGUUUGAGUUUUACAGCGACACCACGAAUAGGCCUCAUAUUGACACAUAUAACAAUGAAUUUCGAUACCAUCAUAGAAAGUCUACGGAGUCACGCAUUUCGAACUGGACACUGGAGGAUGCAGGCUGGCACUGCUCUUUCUGCUUUAGAUAUUUGUCCGACUUUAUCUUCAAAAUGACUUCAUUUUCGCACAGUGAUCGAGUCACGGAAGGACACCUGCUGAAUAAGGAAAAUAUUCAGAGAAAAAUUUGCGAUGGAAGCAAUAUCUUCGAUAUGUUCGAGGAGGUCUACACGUUCAAAGAAUUAAUCGGCACAUUAGGCAAGCGACCGCGAAAAUUGAGUACAUUGGGUAUCCCUAGCGCUGUGAUGGAUCAACACAAAUAUUUCAAAUUCCUCUUGCCAGGGGGUUGUAUUCGGGAAGAUGCUCCACCCAGUCAAAAAUGAUCGAAAAUAAAUUCUAAA